AUUUGAAGUGACACUUGCAAUGGAGCAAGGUGACGGCGGAGACAGCCCAGCGCUGUGGAUUGGCCGCGUUGUGGGCAUCGUGGUACUGGUGGCGAUGUCCGCGCUCUUCUCUGGCCUCACGCUCGGACUCAUGUCCCUCGACAAAGUCGGGCUCGAAGUCGUGAUUGGGGCAGGCGAGGACGAACAUGCGACCGAGAAAGAAAAGGCGCAAGCCGAUGCCGCCAAGCGCAUCGCGCCAAUUCGAAAGGACGGCAACUUGCUGCUGACGACGUUACUAUUGGGGAACGUGGCAGUGAACUCGCUCAUGUCCAUCAUCAUGGCCGACAUCACGAGCGGCUUUUUGGGGUUCAUCGUAUCCACAGUCGUGAUCGUGUUGUUUGGAGAGAUCUUUCCGCAAGCUGCGUGUUCCCGGCAUGCCCUCGCGGUGGGCGCCAAGUCGAUUCCCGUGGUGAAAGUGAUCAUUUGCGCGUUCUAUGUGUUUGCCAAGCCCGUGAGUAUGGUGCUGGACUGGCUGCUGGGCCAAGAUGUGGGCACGAUCUUCACCAAGAAGGAGCUAUGGAAGAUGCUCGACAUCCACGUCAAGCAAGAGAUGAUCGACGACGAGGAGAGCUGGAUCAUGUAUGGCGCGUUGCACUACAAAAGUCAGCAGGUGGCGGCGGUGAUGACCCCUAUCGACCGCGUGUUCAUGCUCGUGUCCACGGCCAAGUUGAAUGCCGACACCAUGCGCGACAUCUACCACAGCGGGUUCAGUCGCAUUCCCGUGUGGCGAAAGACUAGAAACGACAUUAUCGGGCUGCUUUUUACCAAAGACCUCGUGUUCAUCGACCCAGAGGACGCAAUUCCCGUGGAAGAGUUUAUUCAAAUCUUUGGCCGCGGCGUACAUCGCGUGUGGCCCGACGCCAACUUGGGCGACCUCCUCAAGGCGUUCAAGAUGGGCCGGUCGCGGCUCGCCCUCGUGCAGGAGGUCAACAACACUGGCGCGGGGGAUCCGUACUUGGAAGCAGUGGGCAUCGUCACACUGGAAGACGUGGUCGAGGAGAUCUUGCAGGACACGUUCCGCAACGAACCCAACGUGGACAUGCGCAGACACCGCAAGGAAUGCCGCCAUGUAGACUUUGGGAAGAUGCGAUUGCUCGGCGUGGAUGUGGACAUGGAUCAAGACAUGUUCUUGACCCCUGACGAGGCAGCGGACGUCGCAGCGCAUUUGAUCAAGCAUCAACCAGUAUUUCAACUGGAAAAACCGCUUGGUGGUCAGUGUGUUCUUCUAACAAAACUCCCUACCUUCAAAUCGUAUUAUGAUGUACCGACGUGGCAUUCUUGAAGGCGGGGCGUUGACUUCUGGAGACGUCCAGACGAUGCUGCUUAAGUGCCCCCUCGUCGCAUACGGCAAAAGCACGGCCAACGGCGCGGAAAUCUUGUCCAAGGCCCAUGUCGUGAACCAUUGCGUGUUCAUCAUGGAAGGCGCUGUGAAGGUCUCGACCCGCCACGGACUCUUCAAAGAGAUGGGCACGUGGUCAGUCCUGGCCCCCGAGUGCCUCGUGUCGUCUGAAAACUCCUACCUGCCCGACUUUACGGCCACCGUGGGCGUCCACCACGCCAAGAUCAUGUGUCUGCACAUCCCACGCAUGGAGUUUCAGCAAAUGCUACAUCCGAUUAACCUCGCCGGCGUGAGAAGUGUAAACAAUGUGAGACCCCGCGCGGUCACAGAGCCGACUCCAGCGACCAAGCGCUUCCACCUGCCGUCCCUGCAAAUCCACCCGAUCCCGCCAUCGUCAUCGUCGUCACCAUUCAGCAGCAACGCGGCGGAUGACGACGACAUGUUCGAUGUAAAGCAGAGCCUCUUGGGGGGUGACACUAGGUCUACUUUGGUGGGAAAAUAGUCUCACCCAUUUGGUUGACUGUGAAUCCAAAUAUUGUUCAUUCGAUUCGAAAUUGCUCAAUCGAAUGAGCAGUGCA